CACUUUUUUUUUAUUUAUUUAUUAUUUUUCAUUAUAUUAUGGAUUCACCACCACAUUCUUCUUCAACUUCAGCUGUUAUAUCACAACAAGUUUAUGGUUCUAGUAAAAAGUUACAGUUCAUUGGUAUUAAUCCUAUGAAUUCUUUACUAAAGGCUAUUGAUCAACAAACUCAACAAGCUACGAAAUCAACUCAACAGACAAUGUCUAUAGAAUCACUUUUAGAUUCAAACGGUGAAACACCAAACAAACGUCGAUAUGUACAAGAUAGUCCUUCUUUGAAAACCUCACGUCGAAAACCAAACCCGGAAACUAUCACAACACCUUCCUCAGCAAAUUGUCUCAAAACUUCUCAAAUGACCACCAUCACUUGUUAUCACGCUGCUGUUGCCCAGAAAUCUUACGGUUCCGAAAAACGUUUUUUAUGUCCUCCUCCAGUGGUUCGAAUUCAAUCUCCCAACGCCAACAUCACCUCUCCUUCUUCUUCUCCUUUUCAAUUGACCAUGGCUGUCGUCAAUGAUAAUGAUGAUAAACCUUUGGAACAACAUGCUAUUUUGGAUGAUGACCAAUGUACUUUCAAAUAUCUUCAUGUCACUGGUACUGCAAAAGCAAAACAAUUUUCUCUUCGUGUCAAUAUUACAAGCAAUACAUCCGAUCUACCUAGUCCAGCUCCUUCUAGUAACUCAUCAUCAUCAUCAUCGCCUUCUCUAUUACCUUCAUCAUCCAUUCAAUCUUAUGCCACCUUUUUAUCCAAUCCAAUCUCCAUCAUUUCCAAACCAUCCAAGAAAACUGCAAAAGCUAGAAAUGUAUCGACCUGUAUAUUGACUCAUCAACCUGUCUCAUUAUUCAAUCGUAUCAAUUCUCAAACUGUACGCACCAAAUAUAUGACAUCCGAGAAUAAUCAACUUUGUGCCAAGAAUUCAACAUGGUCACCUUUUGAAAUCAUUGUACUCAGUCAACCAUCACAAUAUCAAUCAACACAACGACCUACUUCCACCAACAGCAGCAAUAACAACAACAAUAACAAUGCCAAGCCUUUAAUAUAUGGGUCGGAAUUGAUUCUCCGGGAUACUCGUACUGGUGUUCGUUCACAACCUCUAUUGAUUCGCAAAGUGGACAAGGGUCGAAUUGUACCUGGUGCUUAUGGUCCUGUUAGUCAAAUGCAAAAGGUCGCUUUUCAACUUGUGUCAUCAUCGAAACCACCACGAAAUCGUACUUUGUAUCUUAGCGCUAUUGGUGCCACUGAAGCUAGUGAAUCUGGCGUGACUCCUGCUCAUUCUCCUCAUGUCUCCUUAUUGGAUUAUUCACCCUCUCGUAUGAUUCCUGAAGGUUUGGAUGCUUAUGAAAAAGUGGAUGAUUAUAUAUGUUGGACCAUUGUGGGAAUCGCUACUUUUGAAUAUACGUCACCAUCAUCAUCAUCAUCAUCAUUAAAUUCAAGAUGCAUCACUCCAUUUCCAGUACUGACAUCCAUUCAAUACAAACCAUUGACACAUACUUUGGAUAUUGUCGGACAACAUCUGAUGCAAGCAGUACCAUCACCGAAACUAUUACAAUUUUGGUUGGGUUCUCAUCAUGGUCCUUUACGUACAACGGUACAACCUCAACCAUCUAUCCCUCAUCGAACUCAUCUCUUACUGGAUAUCCCAUCAACACAAGAUUUAGUAGUGGCUAAUCAUGAUCGUUUGAUUAAUGACAAUUCAAGUCGUACUUUGGAACUGCCUUUAUUUUUGGUUCGUGAAGAUGGUGUGGUAUAUCAUUCUGGCAAG